AUGCUGUUAGCUGUUUUCAACGUCGGAGUUUGGGCUGAAUCUUCCAUUCAGGAACCCGAACCUGAGGCCAAUGGUCUCUUCGGCUCAUCAAAAACAACCACAUCUGAUGAUCCAAUGGCCAUGCUUUCAACAACAAAGCAUUGCUCUGUUUCAAAUUACAACGUAAAAGAUCCAACUGAUGCAGCUUAUUCAAUCUAUGCCGAAACAGGUCUUGACUAUAACCAAAUUAAAAACUUCCUCACAAGAUCCAAAUUUUCAUCUGGCUCAAAGACUCUUCUUUCUAAAUUCGCAAUGAGCCCAGGAACAUCAUUCGAUACUCGCUUUUCAACUUACAAUGGCGCCGUCCUCUAUUCUGUUAAAACAGGAGAUAGAAGAUUCGCAAUCAAAGUUGGCAAGGUUAAUUGUCAGACAUUCCUUAGAGCCACAAGUACAACAACCACUAAGAAGAGAACCUGGUUCGUCUUCAGAUCUACAUCUUCUCACAAGAAUGCCCGCGCUCUUAAGGCUUGGGAGCUUGAUGCACUCUGCAAGCACGCAUUAGCUAAGGUUGCCCCUGAAAUGGAGACCUAUAAGAAUUUUAAGUAA